GCUGGCUUGACGUCGGUGCUGGUUUUGCACAGUUAUUUUGGUAAAUUUUGUGAUCGAAUUCCGCGCAAAUAUAGUCUCAAAAUUGUUAAGGAUGAAUUUCAGGGACACUGUGGUAAAUGCAUUUAGCCAAAAUAAGAAAGCGCUUCUCUAUGCAGCAGGAGGUAUUGUAGCGUCCCUGGGGUUGGGAUUUGGAUAUAAAUACUUACUGAAACCCAAAAAAGUUACUCGUGUAGGAGUUGUGUCGCAACUUAUUAUCCAUCCCCUUAAAUCUGGGAAAGGUCUAAGCGUGACCACCGCCGAAUGCUUAGACAUGGGUUUGAAAUACGGUGAGCUCAAGGACCGACACUGGCUUGUGAUCACAGAAGAUGGCCACCAGGUGACGGGCCGGCAGGAGCCACGUCUGGUCUUGGUGUCAAUGACCAUUGAAGGGGGAGAACUAUGUCUGAAUGGCCCUGGCAUGGAAGAGCAAAGGAUCCCCCUCCAACAGCCUGGCAACGCUGUGGCAAACUGCAGGGUGUGGGGAGCAGAUAUUCAGGGCAGGGACUGCGGUGACCAGGCUUCUCUCUGGAUUUCACGCUUCCUGGACUCUGGCAAGACUUUCCGCCUGGUGCAGUUUGAGUCCCAUAUGAGACCCAGGAGACCUGUGGAGAAGGAGCCCCUUUUCCCCCCCAGUGAAAAGGUGGCGUACCCUGACAUUGGCGCCGUCAUGCUGCUGUCUGACGCCUCGGUGACAGACUUGAACACCAGACUGGAGCGGGACGUCACCGUGGCUCAGUUCAGACCAAGUGUGGUUGUGAGUGACUGUGCAGCCUAUGCAGAGGACUCCUGGGAUGAGAUUCAGAUUGGCGAUGUGCGGCUCUCUCGGGUGAUGUCCUGUGGCAGGUGUAUUUUUACCAAGGUGAACCCUGAGACAGCAAUCGUGGACAGUAAACAGCCUUUGGAAACUCUCAAAAGUUACCGCCUGUGUGACCCAUCGGAGAAGCACAUCUAUAAAAGCUCCCCGCUGUUCGGGCAAUACUACAGUGUCAGGAGAUGCGGAGUUCUCAAGGCUGGAGAUCCUGUUUACAGAAUAAGUUACUGAGCUGAGCCAGAACAGGCCCAAACCAUGAUGCUGGCAACCUUUCAGAUGACCCAGUCUGAGACAAUCUGUGCCAAGGAGAUAAUUACUUUUCAGAUUUACAGUCAAGUUAGCUUGUUGUUAACACUUAUGAUUUUUAAGAAGAAUCACAUUGUGUGAAUUGAUCAGUAACAAAACACUAAAUAUCAGCUGGGAGCCUGGGCAGAGAUAGGUUUAAUAAAUAGGGACUGUUUGAAUGAACAUCUGUAGCUGAAAUAAUUUAAUGAAAACAGAGGGAACACACUGUUCUCACACAGCACUCUCACACACAACACACACACCAUCAUUCUUACUUUUUACUACUCAUCUGUAAUAUACUAUUAAUCUGCAUUACUAAUUUCAUAGGCACUAAUGAACAAAGUGAAAAAGCUGCCUCUUUCACAAAUAACGUAAGGUGUAAGGUGUUCAAAAGUGUUACAUUUAGCACAAAGAAUUAUAAGUUUAAAAACAUUCAGUAUUUCAUUGCACUGUACAUGAUUUGGCAAUGAUUUGUAAUGUUUUUUGUAAUGUAAUGUUUUUCAUAUAUCCUAAUGUUUCAUAUAUCACAUAACUUCUUUCUGUGUUCUGGUCAGACAUUAAUUACUAAAAACUGAAUAAAAAUUUUGGCUUAAACUCUGGCAGUCCUCAACAUAAAGAAGGG